UUCACUUCCCGGUUCAGUUUUGUGAGGGAGAGUCUAUAUGAUUGUUUGUUCCCAAAUCUCUCCUCCCUUCUUCCGCCUCUCUCCCUCUCCUCUCUCAACUAUGUAAACCUCAAAGAACAAAACAAAGCCAAACAAAGCAAAGACACAUAAACAAUCCUCUAGGGUUUUUCCAACUCUCAAUCUCUUCAAUUAUACGCUCUCAGAUUCCCACAAAACACCCACACAUACUCUCUCUCUCUCUCCCUCGAAUUCCAUCACUUCCCUAUGUCUAAAUUAAGCAGUGGAGACCAAUUGGAGAUUAUGGAGGAUAUUACUAUCUUGAGCAAAGUUAUCUAACAAGUGUUAUUGCAAUGCACCGCGUGGGUAGUGCAGGGAACAAUUCCAAUUCUGUUCGGCCACGCAAGGAGAAGAGGCUCACUUAUGUACUGAGUGAUGCUGAUGAUACAAAGCAUUGUGCUGGCAUUAAUUGCUUGGCUGUGUUAAAGUCAUCUGUAUCUGAUGGAAGCGAUUACCUCUUCACUGGGAGUCGUGAUGGCACACUGAAGAGAUGGGUAUUGGCUGAAGAUUCUGCUACAUGCUCUGCUACAUUUGAGUCGCAUGUUGAUUGGGUAAAUGAUGCUGUCCUUGUUGGUGAUAGCACACUUGUCUCCUGCUCUUCAGACACCACUCUCAAGACUUGGAGUUGCUUGUCCGAUGGAAUUUGUACCAGGACUCUUCGACAGCACUCUGAUUAUGUUACUUGUCUUGCUGCAGCAGAAAAAAAUAGCAAUAUUGUUGCCUCUGGUGGCCUUGGUGGGGAGGUUUUCAUAUGGGAUCUCGAAGCUGCACUUGCUCCAGUCUCAAAAUCAAAUGAUGCAAUGGAAGAUGAUUGUUCAAAUGGUGUCAGUGGUUCUGGUAAUCCAUUGCCUAUGACAAGUUUACGCACCAUUAGCUCAAGCAACAGCAUAACUAUGCAUACAACUCAGUCCCAUGGAUAUGUACCAAUUGGUGCCAAAGGCCAUAAGGAGUCAGUUUAUGCAUUGGCAAUGAAUGAGACUGGAACUAUUCUUGUCUCUGGUGGAACUGAAAAGGUUGUUCGCGUUUGGGAUCCAAGAACUGGUUCAAAGACUAUGAAGCUAAGAGGGCACACUGAUAAUAUCAGGGCUCUGCUUUUGGAUUCUUCUGGCAGGUUUUGCUUAUCUGGAUCCUCUGAUUCUAUGAUCAGACUAUGGGACCUUGGUCAGCAGCGUUGUGUGCAUUCAUAUGCUGUGCAUACAGAUUCUGUUUGGGCACUUGCCAGCACCCCAACAUUUGGCCAUGUUUAUAGUGGUGGGAGGGAUCUAUCUUUAUACUUGACAGACUUGGCAACAAGAGAGAGUCUUUUGCUUUGCUCAAAGGAGCAUCCCAUUUUGCAAUUGGCAUUGCAUGAUGAUAGCAUAUGGGUUGCAACAACAGAUUCUUCAGUUCAUAGAUGGCCUGCUGAAGGACACAAUCCUCAAAAGGUCUUCCAAAGAGGUGGUUCAUUUUUAGCUGGAAACCUGUCCUUUUCGAGGGCAAGGAUUUCUUUAGAAGGAUCCACCCUGGUUCCUGUCUACAAAGAACCGACCUUAAGCAUUCCUGGAACUCCAGCAAUAGUUCAGCAUGAAAUUUUAAAUAAUAGAAGGCAUGUCCUGACUAAGGAUACUGCUGGUUCAGUGAAGCUAUGGGAGAUCACAAGGGGUGUUGUAGUUGAGGACUAUGGAAAGGUGUCAUUUGAGGAGAAAAAGGAAAAGUUAUUUGAAAUGGUAAGCAUUCCUGGGUGGUUCACUGUAGAUUCAAGGCUUGGAAGCUUGUCUGUUCAUUUGGACACACCACAGUGCUUUUCUGCAGAGAUGUAUUCUGCAGAUCUUAACAUAGCUGGAAAACCUGAAGAUGAUAAGGUUAAUCUAGCUCGUGAAACCCUUAAAGGUCUAUUGGCCCAUUGGUUGGCCAAACGAAGGCAAAGACUGGGAUCUCAAUCUUCAGCUAAUGGGGAUGUUUUGUCUGGGAAAGAUAUUACUCCCAGAAGUCUUGCCCAUUCCAGAAUUGAGGUAGAUGGUAGUGCUGAAAAUGAUUCCAUGGUGUAUCCUCCAUUCGAAUUUUCAACAGUUUCCCCUCCUUCAAUUAUCACUGAAGGCUCUCAAGGAGGCCCAUGGAGAAAGAAAGUUACUGAUUUUGAUGGAACUGAGGAUGAAAAGGACUUCCCUUGGUGGUGUAUAGAUUGCGUACAGCAUAAUCGCCUCCCUCCAAGAGAAAAUACCAAGUGCAGCUUUUAUCUGCAUCCUUGCGAAGGCUCAGCUGUCCAGAUCCUCACACAAGGCAAACUAAGUGCACCCCGCAUACUGAGAAUACAUAAAGUUGUCAAUUAUGUCAUAGAAAAGAUGGUCCUUGACAAACCACUGGAUAAUCCAGAUGGAAAUUUUGCUCCUGGACUCGGUGGAGGACAGUUGCAGCAUUCUGCCGUAGGAGAUGGAUCCUAUCGACCUGGACUGAAGCCUUGGCAAAAGCUUAGGCCUUCCAUAGAGAUUACAUGCAACAAUCAGGUCUUGUCAACAGACAUGAGCUUAGCCACAGUGAGAGCUUACAUAUGGAAGAAACCUGAGGAUCUGGUCCUUAACUACAGAGUGGUUCAGGGAAGGUGACUCCAUACAACUUUUGGGAGGAGAUGGGACUCGGCUCAUGAUGAUGGAAAUCUUGUGCUUGUGUAAAAUAUUGGGGGAAUACAUUGGUUCUUCAGGGGUGCUCAGCAUGAUCAGUCAUAUAAUGAUCUGUGUAAAUUUCGAAAACCAAUUGAUUUCUGGCCAUUCUCCAAACUAGCUGAGAAGAUCUUGGAUAGUGUUUUCCUUUAUUGGACAGAUGGUAUAUAACUUUUGAACUUCGUCUAGCCAUCAUGCAGCUAUUUUUGAUGGAUGUAGACCUAUAGGGCAAGUCUGCAUGAGGCAAUAGAAGGGUUUGUUACUGUUGAGAAUUAAUGGCAAGGAGUGUGCUAGAGGGUGCCAAAAUAGAGUUAUGAUGUCGAAAGUUUGUAGAUUUGUAUUGUUGGGUACGAUACAUAGCCAUAGAAAGUGUUAUUAAGGUUUUUCUUUUAUUUUUUUAAUGUUCGUUUCCCCCUUUUUGCGGAAAUAAUACAAUUCCCAUUCAUUUUGAACUA